AGUUAUUCACAGCACAACAGCUAGCCAUGUAUUUGCAAGCAUAGGCUUCAUAUGAUUUUUUCUAAUAUAUAUCGCUCAAAAUAUUAGUACAAAUUUUCUACACGUAUUGAAAGUCGUACUAAAUCAAUAUCCUAGAAAAAGCGUAAUAUUUCCGAACUUCGAAAUGGCAACGACAGUCUCGAACGUACAGCUGCCCGUGGACUGCGUGGGUCACAAGGGGGACGUAGUGCAACUGGCGUACAGCAAGGUGUGCAACUCGGGCUACUACUUGGCCUCGGCCAGCCAGGACGGGCAGGUGAUGUUGCGGCACGGCGACACCGGCGACUGGGUGGGCACCUUCGAGAAGGACGGCGAGCCAGUUCUGAGUGUGGAUAUCAAUGCGGAUGCCACUCGACUGGCCACGGGCAGUGAGGAUUGCACGGCGCGGAUAUGGAAUGCAGUCGACGGCAAGCAGCUGACAAAGAUCAUGUUAAACUCGCCUGUGCGUUGCGUGGCGCUGGGAGCCAAGUCUGAGUACCUGGCUGUGGGUUGCCUGGAUCGAAAGACGGGCCAUCGCACCGACAAGGUACUGUAUCUCUACACACUGGAGCGACCGGAUUUGCCCAUCUCAUUUGAGGGCCAGACACGUGGUAUGCGGGAUGUGCUCUUCUGCCGAGACAAUCGCGCGCUGCUCUCCUCCUCGCACGAUCGCUCCAUACGACUGUGGGAUCGGAUGAGUGGCAGGCAGGCGCACUCUAUAGCCCUGCCUCAUCAUGCCAAGUCGGUGGAGCUGUGUGCGGACGGACGCACCGUGACCAUUGCCUAUGGCCACAGCAUCGUCUUCAUCGAUGUGGAUCGGUUCGAGGUGCUGCAGCAUCGCAAGCUGCCCGUCCGUCUGAUCGGCGUCUCGCUGCAUCCGGAGAAGAAAACGUAUGUCUGUGCCGGCAGUAAUCGCUGCAUCUACAAGUGCGACUAUGCCACAGGCGAAAUCCUGGAGACCUUCAAUGCCCACGAACGUCACAUGCACUGCAUCAAGUACAGUCCCGAUGGCGAGGUCUACGCCUCAUCCGCGGCCGACGGCGGCCUUCGCUUGUGGCAGCAAACAGUGGGCAAGAAAUACGCAUUAUGGGAUACCCGAACUGUUCAGAACAACGAAUACGAUGACGAAGACGACGAGGCCGACAUCGACGUCGACGACGAGGCCAAGUCCGAAUCCGGGGGCGAUCAGAACUGAGAAAAAAUCAACUCUAAAACCAGAAAAACAAUCCCGAAAACUGGAUAUCAACUGUAGUUGCACACGUGUUUUGCGUUCCUCUGCGUUUAUUUUCAUCAGCUUCUUAAGUUUGGUUCCAAUAAUAAUAAACGAAAAAGGGUCACGCUCUGGUCCCUCUAAUAAAUUUGUCUGCGACCGCGCGGCGUUGUUGUGAUUGACUGCCCCCAAUCUAUCUACCUGUGCCAGUCUGUACCCACAAGCCUGCCACGUCUGUCUGAGCCGCGACUCUAACUACCUAACAUUUCAUUGUCUUCUCCUUUUCUAUACCAC